AUGCUAACAAGUACAAAAGCGAUAGCAACAGCUGGAUUGACGGCGGGGUUGGCGUACCUGAAUGCCAAACUAGGCAUUGCAGAUGACCUAAAUCAACUGUACUGUGAAUGGAAGGGAAAUAGAGCGAAUGACCUUGCAGGCAAAACUGGGCGCGUGUCCCCUUGGUAUCAUUUCCAAGACCAAGUGAAUAGAAUGCCGGACGAUGAGAUCUGUAUUUGGACAUCAGAAAUCCAGUAUACAUGGAAGGAAACAUAUCAGAAUGCAUGCCGAUAUGCUCAAAUGUUGCUCGAUUAUGGCGUUCGACCAAAUGAAUUGGUCUCAGCAUACAUGAUCAAUAGGCCAGAGCUCAUGUUCCUUGCCCUUGGGGCAUGGGCAAUCGGUGCGGCACCUGCCAAUAUUAACUACAACCUGAGCGGAGCUGGUCUUGUACAUUGUUUGAAGAUAAGCCAUGCUAAGUUUCUCCUUGUGGAUGGCGAGAGGGACUGUGUCUGGCGAGUUGAAGAAGUGAAGAACAAACAACAAGACAUUUUGAAAAUGGAACCUAUCAGUGUGGAUCACAGAUUAGCAUCAGCAGCAUCUCUGGACUCCACUUUGUUCUUGCAAUAUACGAGUGGAUCGACCGGGUACCCGAAGUCUAUCCCUUUCAGGAAUCGAAGGGGAUCUAUGCUGAUAUAUGGCGGCAUGAAAACAACCAUGGGCCUUAAACCUGGCCCCCGGGGGGACAAGUGGUAUGUUCCGAUGCCUCUGUAUCAUGGCACAGGAUUUGUGAUUGCCAUCGCUUGUAUGGUCAACGGGUUCACUCUAUGUUUAAGCCGAAAGUUCAGUGUGUCACAUUUCUGGCCUGAGAUUCGGGAAUCAGGAGCCACUGCAUUCGUGUAUGUUGGUGAGGCCGCUCGGUAUCUUCUCACAAACCCUGCCACCAAGGAGGACAAACAGCACAAUAUUCGCUUGAUGUGGGGUAAUGGCAUGAGACCAGACGUCUGGAGUCGAUUUGUCGACCGAUUUGGCAUAGAGACAGUUGUGGAGUUCUUCAACAGCUCCGAGGCGAUGUUGGCACUAGAAAACCGAUGUUGUGGCCCAUACAGACAAUUCGCAGUUGGAUAUCAGGGUGCCAUCCGUCGUUUCCUGUCACGUAACUCUUACACUCCAGUGAAAACCAAUAUUGAGACUGGUGAGCUAUGGAGAGACCCUCGAACUGGGUUUGCCAGAAGCUUGCCAUGGGAUGUUGGGGGAGAGAUUCUGGUGAGAUGCAAGACUGAAGAUGACUUCGUUGGUUACUAUUUGAACACUGAAGCAUCAAACAAGCAGUUUGAGCGCAAUGUGUUUAAGCGAGGGGAUCUAUAUUAUCGCACUGGAGAUGCUUUGAGACGCACACAAGAUGGAAGAUGGUUCUUCUUAGACCGGAUGGGGGAUACAUACCGUUGGAUGAGCGAAAACGUUUCCACAGCUGAAGUUGCUCAAGUAUUGGGCCAAUUUCCUGGCGUCGUGGAAGCCACCGUCUACGGUGUACAUGUACCUGGGUACGAUGGCCGGGCAGGAUGCGCUGCACUUCUACUUGCUUCCGAGCUUCAAGAUGACGGCCUUGACUGGACGGCAUUUUUGCAUCAUGCUCGGUCGAGAUUGCCUAAAUACGCUGUGCCGGUGUUUCUACGCCUGCUUUCCAGUCCAUCCUUAACUGGAAAUGGAAAGCCGAACAAAGCACCAUUGAAACGUCAAGGUAUAGAUCUGAAAGAGAUUAUGGCAGAUGCUCAGGCAGAGGAAAAGCUUUCGGAUAGGAUGCUCUGGCUUCCCCAAAGUCUUGAUUCAUCAAGAAAGCAUGGGUCCCAAGUUCUGAAUAAUCAGAAGCAGAGUUAUGUUACCUACAAUAUGGGUGAUUGGGACAUGCUCGAACAGAAUCAGCGAGGAGAAAGGAUUUGA